AAUAAACUGUCGGUCUGGGUUUUCAUUCAAAUUGUUUUCCCAUAGUUUAUGCAAACGAAGAAUUAGGAGUAGAAGAUCUCACAUUGUUUUUUCCCCAAUCUUCUGCAUUUCUGUUAAAUUAGGGUUGUAUUGCGAGUAAACCCUAACCCAAAAAAAGCUAGAAGUUAGAAAGUAAACGAGAUGAAGAGAGUGUUUGGUGUUAAGAAAGACAAAGAACCUCCUCCUUCCCUCAACGAAGCAUCGGAUCGGAUCAAUAAAAGAGGUGAGUCAGUGGAUGAGAAAAUCAAGCAACUUGAUGGUGAACUUGCUCGAUAUAAAGAGCAGAUCAAAAGAACUCGUCCGGGUCCCACUCAAGAAGCUGUAAAAGCUCGUGCAAUGAGAAUUCUUAAGCAAAAACGAAUGUAUGAAGGGCAACGUGACAUGCUAUACAACCAAACUUUUAAUCUAGAUCAAGUCGCAUUUGCUUCUGAGGGUAUCAAAGAUGCUCAACAAACAGGUGGAGCUUUUUCUGUCCUCUGGUUGGAAGUUGCUGCCUACCUCCGUGAGAUGUCGGCUUUGAAAUCAGCAAACAAAGAGUUGAAAGGAAUGAUGAAGACUGUAAAGAUUCAGGACUUUGAUAACUUGCAAGAUGACAUGAUGGAGUUGAUGGAUGUUAGCAAUGAAAUACAAGAGUCUCUUGGUAGAAGCUAUAGCGUGCCUGAUGACAUUGAUGAAGAAGAUCUCAUGGGUGAACUUGAUGCAUUGGAGGCAGACAUGGGGCUGGAAACAGAUGGUGAAGGUGUACCUUCAUAUCUUCAACCUGACAAUGAAUCCGAUUUUAAUGAAGAGCUCAACUUGCCUUCAGCUCCCUCUGGGCAUGCAAUAACAUCCCGCAUUGUUAAGGCCGAGGAUGAAUUUGGUUUGCCUCAAGUCCCGCGUGCAUCUUUACGUGGUUAGAUGAUAUGGUGCAAAAACCAUCAUGAUGAUUACUUGAUGUAUUUGCAUGACUUUUAAACUAUUGCUUGUAUUCUUUUUAGUUGAUUUAAGUUUUUGAAUUUUUUACCUAUUAGAUCCCAUGUUAAAACUACACAUAUAGGUAGAUUUAACUAUUUGACUGGCCUACAGUUGAUUAAAAUAACUAGAUGUGACAAAAUACAUAGGUCGAAACAGAUUGGGAUUGAGGUGUUACAACAAGA